CAGGAAUUCAGAAGGAGUGCUCACACGGCGACUCAGCAGGGCGAGAGGGGGGAAGACUCAUAGGUUUGUGAGGAUUAGAUGGUAAUGUUGCGGAUUCUGCGGACAGCAGUGUGACCGUCAUGGAUGAUGUGGACGCAGUGAGUUUGGACAGUGUGGCUGCCUCAGCACAGAGAGCAAACACUGCAGGGACAAGUGAAGAGACAGUAAACAGCAGUCUGGACUGUGAGGACAAUGCAAACGGAAUAGAAACUGAGGCUGUUAGCGGUGGGAGAGUUAUCAGAAAACACACACACCCUAUGAGUGCAGCCAUGGCUGACAGUGUGGACAGCGUGAGGGACGGCGAGGAGAGUGCUGACGCUGUUGGUACAGAGGACAGUGCUGAUCCCACAGACAGCAGGAGUAUGGAAGUCGAUGACCCUGCGGAUCGUGUGGAUCAAAGUCUCAAGGACGACAUCAACGGCUGCGAGAGUGACGGUGACAGCACCAGUGAGGGAACGUGUCUGGAGGCCAUGACACCUUGCGGGCAGGACUAUUACCUGAGGCUGGGCGUCACCCCUCGACGGCGCUCCGCCCUGCGCCUCUCACGCAUCAUAGCCCGCCAGCAGCUGCUACGGAGGCUGGCACAAGAGAUUGAGGCGAAGGAGGCUUGUGAUUGGCUUAGAGCAGCAGGAUUUCCACAGUACGCCCAGCUCUAUGAAGAUUCCCAGUUUCCAAUUGAUAUUUCCUCAGUGAAAAGGGACCACGACUUUCUGGACCGGGAUCUGGUGGAGCCUCUGUGUCGACGUCUGAAUACUCUCAACAAGUGUGCCUCCAUGAAACUGGAUGUCAGCCACCCCAAGAAGAAAGGUGAUGAAUCUGAUGAGGAUGACCCAUUGGCCAUCAGUAAAAGAUGGACAUUCGAGUGGAGCAGCCGACGUUGGUCUCGUCUGCAAGACUUCCUGUUGGACAGCACCAAUGAAAGCAGCCCGACAGGUCAGGGGGAGGGUCUGCACAGCACAGUGAGCAGCGAGAGUGUGCUGACUGACUUGAGCGAGCAGGAGAUCACAGAAAUCUCCUCACUGCACAGUGAGGACUCUGCCUCCGCCAUGCCUGACUCCAUCUCUAUGGCGUCUCUCUCAGCUUCCUACCAACCGCCCAGGGAACUUCCACACUACAACUCCCUGCCAAUCAAGAGCAGCCGCCAUGGGCAGGGAGGGCGGAGUAAAGCCAAAGAGUUUUUGCGUCGCAUGGAAAUAAUGCGUACUUGGGGGCCGUCGACGAGGCGGAAAAGCUCGAAUCGCAGGCCGCCGCUGGUCAUCAGUGGGCCGGUUUUGCAGGGGGAGGAGCCUCAGGCGCUGCAGAUGCUCCAGUGUACUCCCAUCAGCCAAUUACAACACAACCACCAAACUGAUGGUGACACUCCCUCUGCCUCCCUCACCAAUGACUGUAAAGACCAGUCCACGGUGAGUGUGAGCCCCAGCAGUGAGACAGUGGUGCCCAGUGUGAAGGAGCCCGUGUGUGCAAAACCUCGCACUGCCAGCAAGAGAAGCAGCAUGUAUCUGGAAGAUAUGGAGCUGCCUUCUCAGGGUAAGAGGACUGAUGGACAGAGCCAGUUUGGCAGAAACCAAUUUCACUCAUAUGAAAACCUCCUCAUUCACAUCCCCAAAGACCAUAAACCAGGCACUUUUCCAAAAGCUCUAUCCAUAGAGAGCCUGGCACCUUCCCCCGAUGACAGGAACAAUGGCCCCCAGAUACAGGCCCAAACUUCUCUGCCUAACAAUGGCCUAGGUGAGCCCUGGUCUGGUAAACCUCUCUCCAAGCCCCCCUGUCCCGGAGCUCCUCGGGGCAGCAGGGUGAGUGUUUACGACAACGUGCCGGGCUCCCACCUUUACGCCAGCACAGGAGACCUGCUGGACUUAGAGAAAGAGGACAAUCUGUUCCCUCACCUAGACGACAUCAUCCAGCACGUCAGCGGUUUGCAGCAAAUCGUGGACCACUGGAGCCGCAGCGUGCUGCCUGAGGGUGAGGCAGGGGAGGGGGAGGAGGAAGGGGAGGGCAGGACCACCCCCAGUGAAGGCGAGAGAGAUGGGGUCUCCUUGAACGACACUGAUUCGACAGGGACCAGUCGGGAGAGGCGGGACUCUGGAGUCGGGGCCUCACUGACGAGACCACGUCUACGAUGGCCCAGUUUCAGAACCUCCGAUCACCUCAACCAACCAGCAUCUUCACUGCAGAUCAGCAGCCAAUCAGCAGGCCAGCUCAGCCUGCUGCAGAAGUUCUCUCUGCUCCGCCUCACCGCCAUCAUGGAGAAAUACUCGAUGUCUAAUAAACAUGGCUGGACAUGGUCUGUGCCCAAGUUUAUGAAGCGCAUGAAGGUGCCAGACUACAAAGAGAGGAGUGUGUUUGGUGUCCCCCUCAUCAUUCACGUCCAGCGCUGUGGUUUUCCGCUCCCUCCGUGUUUACAGCAGGCCCUUGGCCACCUCAGAACACACUGUCUGGACCAGGUGGGACUGUUCCGUAAGUCCGGUGUGAAGUCCCGUAUUCAGGCUCUGCGGCAGCAGUGUGAGCUGACUCCAGACUCCGUGAGCUACGAAGACCAAUCAGCGUACGACGUGGCCGACAUGGUCAAACAGUUCUUCAGAGACUUGCCGGAGCCUUUGCUAACGAGCAAGCUAGGGGAAACCUUCCUGCAUAUUUAUCAGUACGUCCCAAAGGAGCAGAGGUUACAGGCUGUCCGAGCGGCCAUUCUGUUGAUGCCAGAUGAAAACCGGGAGGUUCUGCAGACGUUGCUCUACUUCCUGCGUGAUGUCACAUCCUUGGUGGAGGAGAACCAGAUGACGCCAAUGAACCUGGCUGUUUGUCUGGGGCCUUCGCUCUUCCACCUCAGCAUACUGAAGAACGAGACGCUGUCGCCAAGGUCAAUCCAGAGGAAGUACACCACGGGCCGCCCCGAUCAGAAGGACCUGAGUGAGAACCUGGCCGCCACCCAGGGCCUGGCACACAUGAUCACUGAGUGCCAGCGUCUCUUUCAGAUCCCAGAGGAGAUGGUGACCCAGUCUCGCAAUUCCUACAUGGAGGCUGAGCUGAUGGUGCCCCCCCUGGACGAGCUGUGCAAGGCCCACGAGGAGGAAGUGGAUGAGGAUGAAGAAGAGGAGGAUGAGGAAGGAUCCUAUCAUGCGCAUCUAGAAAGGCUGGUCCAGAAUCUGCUGGAGGAGGCCAAAGAUAAGAGCAAAGGCUGGGUGUCUCGCUCAACUACUGACCACACGGAACUGGCAUUUAAAAAGGUUGGAGACGGUAACCCCCUGCGGCGGUGGCGAGUGUGCAUCGAGGUGUCAGCAACUCCCGGUGAGGUGCUGCAGCGGCUGCUCAGAGAGCGCCCCCUGUGGCAGACUGAGCUACAGCAGGAGAAGGUUGUGGAGACGCUGGAUAAACAAACAGACGUGUACCAGUACUCCUGCCGCAACAUGGCACCUCAACCCAGCUGUGACUACGUGGUACUAAGAUCAUGGCGUACAGACCUGUGUAAAGGCUCCUGCGCGCUGGUGUGUGUGUCCGUGGAACACGACGACAGCCCACGCAUGGGAGCAGUGAGGGGGGUGGUGCUGGAGUCACAGUACCUCCUCGAGCCCUGUGGGACUGGGAGGACCAGGCUCACGCACAUCUCCAGAGUGGACCUCAGGGGAAGGUCUCCCGAAUGGUACAACAAGGCUUUUGGUCACCUGUGUGUUAAUGAGGCCCAGAUGAUCCGCGCCUCUUUUCACCCGCCGGAUCAGACGAGCACUGAGGCCAAGAUCUGAAACCCAGGAAUCAAGCUUUGUCUUGGGUCACACUACUAGAGCAGCUGGGCCUGAGAACCAGUGACCCAGGAGAGGAAUCAUCCAGGCAGUGGAGAUUUGGUGUCUUUUCAUGCUGCUGAGCCACACUGAGCUUUACUGUACCAUACUGUACUGAGUGACAGUCAUCCACACACACAAGGGAAGGAAAGAGCGCUUUCUGUCGUGUAUUCCAAUAAUUUCACCCAGACGUUUUUAACUUUACGACUUAUCACUAUUUAUUUAUCUUGUAAAUUAUGAUUUUACAAGUAGAGUUUCCAACUAAUUAGAUUUUCUUUGAAUAGCGAUUCAUUUUUCAUAUAAUUGGCUUGUAACGAUGUGUUUGCGCUGGGUCAUUUUUUUCCCAACUCCUCAUCUACUAACCCAACGUCUUGGAAAAAAGAUGACCUAAUAAGACAGCCAGCACGAGCAAGUGUGACCAUGAGACAGUUGCCAUAGUGUUAGGGUUAAUGUUUAAUCUGCAACAUCUUAAUUUGAUAUCACUUUAAUUGUUGUUGCCAUGGAGUGUACACCUGAAGCUUACAUGCUUAACUGUACCUGAUUUUGUCAUAUGUACAAUCAAAAAUGGGAUAAAAAAUACUGAUACUUAAAGUAAAAUAAUUUAAUUUGUAUUGAUUAAUUUGGGAAAUCCAUCAAAAACAAAAUAAACAAUAUCUAAUUCCAGCGAUAGCCACAAUUUUUAAGGAAUUUGUCCAUGUGUAAACUAAUGCAGACUGCUACUGAUUUUUUACUCCUCCUGCAAAGCUGUUAACUUAUCACUUACACAUGCACAUUUCUAAAAAUGCACUUAAUUAUGAUCAAGCCUUCUACAGGUAAUCCCAGUGCUCCCUGUCAAUAGGAAUGGCCAGGACCAGUACAAUGUGGGUACGUGUCAGCAUUACAUUGUGAAAAGUGCUCUAGUACAGGAACAAGCAAGUACACGAGGGAUCCAGAUCACACAAAGGGGAAACACUCAUCGGGUCCAUAAACGUGUUGUUAUGGAAGCAUUAUGUUGGAUAUCACUGUUGAUUGAGUUCCCUGUCACUAUUUUCAGUGUUAAUCUUAUCUAAAUGUUAUUUUAAAGUUAUUAUUGUCAUUAUAUCGAUGUAUAUGGUAUCACUUUUGCUUUUUUUUUUUUGCUGUCAUGUUAUACAAUGUCUAAGACAUGUGACCAUUUCACUGCUUCUGGGAAGCAUGUUUGAAAUUGUGUGUGUGUGUGUGUGUGUGUGUGUGUGCAUGGAUGUGCCCGUGUAUCUGCAUUUUAGAUAUACGUACAGCCUGUGUUGUAAAUAUAUAUGACGCUUUCUGUGCCAGCAGGUUAAACAUCAUAGCUCUUCAGGGUCUUCCUAUCAUAUUGAUACGCUGAAAUGUGAACUUUCUGCACACCAUCCUACUAAAGCAAUAGCAGACUAAAGCUUGCUCCGCCAUGGCACUGCCCUGGCUUUUUUUUGUUUUUUUUGUUCUGGCUGUAGGCAGCGUUGCUAUGGUGUUGCUAUAAUACAAUAUCUCUACAGUGCCACCAAAAUCGUGCGUGGAUGCUGUUUGCUGGGGAGCUGUGUGGCAUGUGUGUGCGUCUCUGUGUGUAAAUACGCGAGUAUGAGUGAGACAAAGAGUGAGUGAUUGAAUCUGACGUGGGCCCUCGGCUGUGUGGGAAAAGGCUCCAAACCUAGCUGAGUAGCUGAGACCAGGUCUGCUUGGUUGUUUCUGACAAAGUGACAAAAAACACAACCAUUGUUUCUAAACAAGAGAAUAAAAAGA